ACUAAAGAAAUGGUCAAUUAAUUUAGAAACUCAAAACUUUUCCUUAGUUUGUUUUUUCUUGAUCACAUAUACUUUGAUUUAUAAUAGAAACUGAUUUUCAUAAUAUUUAGUCCUAAUCAAGCGGAGGCAGUUGAGAUGGAACUGUUGAAUGUGGAAGUGGAUGAAUGGGAGAUUGAAGUGAAGCGUGUUCUGCUUCAAGAGGUCAUUGGGCGAGGGGCAUUUGGAGCAGUGUGGAGAGCUCUUCUUAGUUCUCCAAAUGGGAGGCCUGGAAAUCGCACAGUUGCUGCUAAAUGCUUCACACCUACUGCAGGGGAGGAAGGAAGGAAAUGUUUGAUGAGAGAGAUCGAGCUGGGAAAAAUUCUCGGUGAAAGCAAUCAGCCCAACAUAGUGAAGUUCAUUGGCUGCGUCACCAGACAAGUUCAUCCAAUCCUCAUCAUGGAAUACUUGCCAUGUGGUGACCUGCUUGGUUACAUGAGAAAGUGCCGAGGAAUUAAGGAUCGGUAUUAUCUUGGAGAAGGAAGAGCUCAAGAUUUGGAAAACUAUGACCUUGUGUUAUUUGCCAAACAAAUCGCAACUGGUAUGGUAUUCCUUGGAUCAAGGGGAAUAAUCCAUCGUGACUUGGCAGCUCGGAACGUCCUCCUCGAUAACAACUAUGUGUGCAAAGUGACCGACUUUGGCAUGGCUUAUCAAAACUUCAAAUAUGGUCAUGGAAAUGCCAAAAAGGGCUGUUUGCCAAUCAAAUGGACUGCACCAGAGAUUUUGUUGGGAAAUCUAGCUGGACUUUCCACCAUGAGUGACGUGUGGUCUUACGGAAUCGUUCUGUAUGAGAUAGUAACCCUUGGAGGAAUUCCGUAUGAGGGAUGGUCAGAAGGCAACGUAGUUGCACAGGUCACUCGUGGCUACAAACUUCCAAAGCCCGAUCAUGUUGAUGAUAAACUGUAUGCUAUAAUGAAAAGAUGCUGGAAUUUUAACCCCGACUUUCGUCCUCCCUUUGAAAACCUUCGCAAAAGAAUGGAUACCUACCUUCGUGAAGAGACAUAUCUGCACCUGCUCGACAUGGGAUCUUAUGACACGACCAAAUACUCCAGGGUUGAAGAUCGCGGAAACGAAGAUGCCGAACCAACAGCACAAGCUACAACGAGCGCCGCGGCAAAGAGAUUGGGAAAAUGGGCCAGCGAUCGUCGUUAGACACUGCUAUUUUAAAUACUGCUUAGGAACCUGACCGCUUGGGUGCAUUUCAGUCACUUUGCAGUACAUCAAGUAGUAGAAAAUGUGUAUUGAUGACAACGGUGAUAAUUUAAGGGUCUUAUUGCGUUAGAAUGAAUCAAAGCUGUGUCCUUAAUAACAAACUUUUAAGUCAGCUUUUUAGGAAGUUGCAAUUGAUAAACAAUUCAAUAUUGAUCCAGGUGAUUAAGCCAGGAUUAAAAGAAGAAAUAAGAAAGUAGAAAACUGCCGUUUAUUUCGAUAUCUGUAUUAGGCAAACUGUUUAUUCCUGUUAUAUGUGAAACAAUACAAAGAUUUGUCACAAAUGAUUUUAAUGAAGUAUUUCCUGUUGGUGAUAAAGACUUUCCAAGAUAUUUAGUAGUUUAGUAUUGAUUUAUUCAUGGAGCAUAAACUACAACUAUUAUAUUUACCUUUCAAUUAAGUGUCAUUUAUCGACAAGAUCAUUAUUCGUUGACAUAUCUUGCAAUGUAGUAUUGCAUGAGUCGUAAAAAUUGUUUACAUUUUGUUUUGUUGGUAUCGGAAAACAAUCAAGUGCAUUGUUAUUGACAUAUUUACCAGAACCGUUUUGCUGUUAUUGUAAAACUGCUUUUUCUUAAACGGAGAGAACCGUCUCAAUAGAGUGUUAGUUAAAUCAAAUUAAUUCUUUUCCUAAUCUUUUCGACUCGUACAAGAAACAAAAAGCGCUAUUCGAGGGGUUGUGGCUGAUAGGAACACUUUUGUUAUGAUUUAAUGUACCGCUCAUUUGAAAAUGGAAAUUCUGUUAGAGCAAGGAUGAGCGUUUUUUUUUUCUGUACAUAAUGAAAACACACCAAGCUUUUUUUUUUAAAAUAAUGUAAAACACUCUAUAUAUUAUCUGCAAUAAAAGAAGCAUACCUUAUGGCA